AUGAGUAAACACAAGCAUAGAAGAACAUAAUCUAAUUCAGAAGUUGAUUUAAGAAAUGCAUUAUGUCAAUAAGAUGAUAAGAAACAUUUCAUUGAAAUAUUUAAUCAUGCAUCUCACAUUUAACCUUAAAUCCCAGAAAAGGAAGUUAUAAUAGAAAAAUUAGAUGAUGAUUAUGCAAUGCAACAUCUCAAAGAGAAUUGUGGUUUAACAUUUGGUAAUGCCAAAAAAAAAUCAAAUUUCGGAUCCUAUUAAACCAACAAUCUAUUUUAGAUUCCAGAAUAGAAUGACUUAUUAUCAAGUGUUGAAUAAACCUAAGAAUCAGGCAAGAAAUUGGCUUAGGGAAUGAAAUUGAAUGUGAAUUCACAAAAAAGAUAAACUUACAGUGUUGAACAAAAAAACAAUAAUGAUUAAAAGGAGAAUUAAAAAAAUGAGAACAAUCGAUAAAAUUCAACAUUAAUAAAUUAGAUUUAAGCUUAAUUACGAGAUGUUACUCAUCUAAUGAACAGUGAUAAAUUAGAUUAAUUCAAUAAAAUGAGUUUUACCAAAGAACUCUAAAAGAAAACAACAGUUCAUCCUGUUUAACUUCCAUAUAGUCAUUAAAAUACAAUAUAACCCUCAUUAAAUCCUAAUCAACAUUAAUAAUAAUCCUAUUCUUAACAUCAAUAAUCGUAAAAUCAACUCAAUAAUAAUAUUCUUUAGUUGUAAAAUUCUAAUAUUUAACACUAAAGUCUAGUCCAUUAGAAUUCUUAAAAAAAUGUUGUUACAAAACAACAUACAAUAACUCCUGAUAGAAAACGAACGCCUUCAAUGGCUAUUAAUAAACCUUCAGGAGUAGAGGCCCCAUUUCAAAAAUCAGAUAAAUCAAUUACUAAUAAUACUAUUAAUGAGAGCGAAAAAAUUAAAAGUAAUCUUUCAGUCUCGAUUUUUAAUAAUCUCUUUUAAUAAAAUAAGAAAAUUUCAAUUAGCAAUAUUACUAAUAAAUCAGAUCAAUAAAAUGAUUCUUUUAGAAAAUUAGAAACAUAGAUGAAAAAAAUAGAAAGAGAAUUAAUGUCUUUAAAAUAGAGACAAGAUUGUCAAGAUGAAAUAAAUAAAACCAUAUAAUAAUAAUUAUUGUAAGUUAUCCAUGAUAACAGAAAACAAAGAGAUUAAAGUCAUUUGUCCUUAAAAAAGUUGGAACAGCUUGAAAUGAUUACUAGAAGAAAUGAGGAAUCUAUUCUGUAUUUAAAAUAAACAUUGGGAAGCCAUAAGAGAAUGGACUCAACCACACAUCAAACGGAUUCUACCGAAUUGAGUGAUCAACAUAGAAGAUUUACUGAUUUGAAGAGUCUGAACAGGUACAUCUGA